UGCUACUGCUUACUGCUAAUGCUGCUGUAAUAUCCAGCAGGUAAAGUUCCCUAAAAUUCACAGCAAAAAUUUUGGGACUUUUCUCUAAAUCAUAGAAAAUUUACCUUUUUUCUCCUGGGAGCUGAAGAUAUUUUAGAGGAAAAGUAUUCUUUCGCUUCUUCAGUUGAACAUUUUCUAGCAAUACGAGCCAUGCAAAUAGAACUCUCCACCUGCUUCUUUCUGUGCCUUUUGCCAUUCAGCUUCAGUGCCACAAGAAAAUACUACCUGGGCGCAGUGGAACUGUCCUGGGACUAUAUGCAAAGUGAACUGCUCAGUGAGCUGCACGUGGACACAAGGUUAUCCCCUGGGGUGCCAAGAUCUUUGCCAUUCAACACAUCAGUCAUGUACAGAAAGACUGUGUUUGUAGAGUUUACAGAUCGCCUUUUCAACAUUGCCAAGCCCAGGCCACCAUGGAUGGGUCUGCUGGGUCCUACCAUCCGGGCCGAAGUUUUUGACACAGUGGUCAUUACACUCAAGAACAUGGCUUCUCACCCUGUCAGUCUUCAUGCUGUUGGCGUAUCCUAUUGGAAAGCUUCUGAAGGUGCUGAAUAUGAGGACCAGACCAGCCAGAAGGAGAAGGAAGAUGAUAAAGUCUUUCCUGGUGAGAGUCAUACCUACAUCUGGCAGGUCCUGAAAGAGAAUGGACCGAUGGCCUCGGAUCCUCCAUGUCUCACCUAUUCAUAUUUUUCUCAUGUGGACCUGGUGAAAGACCUAAAUUCAGGCCUCAUUGGAGCCCUGCUGGUUUGCAAAGAAGGAAGUCUGGCUGAAGAAAGGACACAGACCUUACAUGAAUUUGUACUCCUGUUUGCUGUAUUUGAUGAAGGAAAAAGCUGGCACUCAUCUGCUCAGGCCCAGCAUGAAAUGCACACGGUCAACGGCUAUGUCAACAGGUCUCUGCCAGGUCUGACUGGAUGCCACAAGAAAUCAGUCUAUUGGCAUGUGAUUGGAAUGGGCACCACCCCCGAAGUGCACUCAAUUUUUCUUGAAGGUCACACAUUUCUCAUCAGAAACCACCGCCAGGCCUCCUUGGAGAUCUCACCAAUAACUUUCCUCACUGCUCAGACAUUCCUGAUGGACCUUGGCCAGUUUCUACUGUUUUGUCACAUCUCUUCCCACCAGCAUGAUGGCAUGGAAGCUUAUGUCAAAGUAGAUAGCUGCCCAGAGGAACCCCAGCUACGGAUGAAAACUAAUGAAAAAGAGGAAGAUUAUGAUGAUGAUCUUUAUGAUUCUGACAUGGACAUGGUUAGGUUUGAUGGCGACAGCCCUUCUCCCUUUAUUCAAAUCCGCUCAGUUGCCAAGAAGCAUCCUAAAACUUGGAUCCACUAUAUUGCCGCCGAAGAGGAGGACUGGGACUAUGCUCCCUCGGCCCCCACCCCCAUUGACAGAAGUUAUAAACAUCUAUAUUUGAACAGUGGUCCUCAGCGGAUUGGUAGGAAGUACAAAAAAGUUCGAUUUAUGGCAUACACAGAUGAAACAUUUAAGACUCGUGAAGCUAUUCAGUAUGAAUCAGGAAUCCUAGGACCUUUACUUUAUGGAGAAGUUGGAGACACACUGUUGAUUAUAUUUAAAAAUCAAGCAAGCCGACCAUAUAACAUCUACCCUCAUGGAAUCACUGACGUCAGUCCUUUGUACUCAGGGAGAUUGCCUAAAGGUAUGAAACAUUUGAAAGAUAUGCCAAUUAUGCCAGGAGAGAUAUUCAAGUAUAAAUGGACAGUGACUGUAGAAGAUGGGCCGACUAAAUCAGAUCCUCGGUGCCUGACUCGAUAUUACUCGAGCUUCAUUAAUCCAGAGAGAGAUCUAGCUUCAGGACUCAUUGGCCCUCUCCUCAUAUGCUACAAAGGGUCUGUAGAUCAAAGAGGAAACCAGAUGAUGUCAGACAAGAGAAACGUCAUCCUGUUUUCUGUAUUUGAUGAGAACCAAAGCUGGUACCUCGCAGAGAAUAUGAAGCGCUUCCUCCCGAAUGCAGAUGCAGUGCCACCCCACGACCCGGAGCUCCAGGUCUCUAACAUCAUGCACAGCAUCAACGGCUAUGUUUUUGACAACUUGCAGCUGUCAGUUUGUUUGCAUGAAGUGGCAUACUGGUACAUUCUAAGUGUUGGAGCACAAACUGACUUCCUGUCUGUCUUCUUCUCUGGAUACACCUUCAAACACAAAAUGGUCUAUGAAGACACACUUACCCUAUUCCCAUUCUCAGGAGAAACUGUCUUCAUGUCAAUGGAAAAUCCAGGUCUAUGGGUGCUGGGGUGCCACAACUCAGACUUUCGGAACAGAGGCAUGACAGCUUUACUGAAGGUUUCUAGUUGUAAUGGGAACAUUGAUGAUUAUGAUGAGGAUAGAUAUGAAGAUAUUCCAGCCUCCCUCCUGAAUGAAAACAAUGUCAUUGAACCCAGAAGCUUCUCCCAGAAUUCAAGACAUCAUAGCCCUAGGCAAAAGCAAUUCAAAGCCACCACAACUCCAGAAAAUGACAUAGAGAAGAUUGACCCUCAGCCUGGAGAAAGAACACAGCUGCUUAACGUACAAAGUGUCUCCUCUAGUGAUUUGCUGAUGCUUCUGGGACAGAAUCCUACUCCACGUGGAUUACUCUUAUCUGAUUUCCAGGAAGCCACACAUGAAGCAGAUGAUCAUUUACUUGGAGCUAUAGAAAGACACAAGGGCCCAUCUGCAGUGGCAGAUCUCAGACCAGAGCUCCAUCACAGUGGGGACAGAGUAUUUACUCCUGAGCCAAAACUAAAAUUAAGAUUAAAUGAGAAUUUGGGGACAACUGUAACAGCAGAGUUGAAGAACCUUGAUUUAAAAAUUUCUAGUUCAUCAGACAACCUAACAGCUUCACCAACAAUUCCAUCAGACAAGUUGGCAGCAGGUACUGAAAAGACAGGUUCCUUAGGACCCCAAAAUAUGUCAAUUCACUUAAAUAGUCAUUUAGGUACCAUUGUAUUUGGCAAAAAUUCAUCUCACUCUAUUGACUCUGGUGUACCUUUGGGCUCAAGUGAAGGAGACAAUGAUUCCAAGUUGUUAGAAGCAGCUUUAAUGAAUAGUCAAGAAAGUUCACUGGGAGAAAAUGUAUUAUCAGUGGAGAGAAAUGGGUUAUUUAAAGAAGACAGAGUUCAUGGACCUGCUUCAUUAAUUAAAGAUAAUGCUUUAUUCAAAGUUAAUAUCUCUUUGAUAAAGACAAACAACGCAACAAUUAACUCAACAACUAAUAGCAAAAAUCAUGUUGAUGUCCCAACAUUAUUAACUGAGAACAGUACAUCAGUCUGGCAAGAUACUAUAUUAGAAAGUAAUGCUGAGUUUCAAGAAAUGACUUCUUUGCUUCAUAAUGAAACAUUUAUGGACAGAAAUAUUACAGCUUUGGAGCUAAAGCAUGUGUCAAAUAAAACUACUUCAUCAAAAAAUGUGGAAGUGGUCUACCAAAACAAAGAGGGCCCGGUGCCACUAGGUGCAGAAAAUCCAGGUCUCUCAUUCUUCAAGACACUGUUCUCACCAGAUUCAGCAAAGUGGAUAAAAUGGACCCAUGGCGAGAACUCCCUAAGCUCUGGGCAAAGGCCCAUUCCAACACAAUUAACAUCUUUAGGAUCAGAAAAAUCUGUGAAAGAUCAGAAGUUUUUGUCAGAAAAGAAGGUGGUAGUAGGAGAAGAUGAAUUUACAAAGGACACAGAACUCAAAGAGAUGAGUUUUCCAAACAGCAAGAGCAUGUUUUUUACUAACUUGCCCAAUGUCCAAGAUAAUGGUACUUACAAUCAAGAAGAAAAAUCUCAGGAAGAGACAGAAAGAAAGGAGAAAUUAACCCAAGAAAAUGUGGUUUUGCCUCAGGAAUAUACAGUAGCUGACACUAAUAAUUCCCUGAAGAACCUUUUCUUACUAAGCACUAAGCAAAAUGUGGAAGGUUUAGAUGAGGGGCCAUAUACUCCAAUACUUCAAAACACCAGGUCAUUAAAUGAUUCAGCACAUAGAGCAGGGAUUCACAUAGUCCAUUUCUCAAAAAUAAGGGAGGAAGAAAACUUGGAAGGUUUGGGAAAUCAAACAAAGGAAAUGGCAGAGAGGUUUUCAAGCACUCCAAGGAUGUCUCCUAAUCCAAGUCAGCAUAAUAUGCUCACUCAGCGUGGUAAGCGGGCCUUGAAACAAUCCAGACUCUCACUAGAAGAAACUAAGUUUGCAAGGGAGGUAAUUUUGAAUGACACCUCAACCCAGUCAUCCAAAAACAUGAACUUUUUAAUGCAUGGAACCCUCACACAGAUAGAGGACAAUGAGAAAGAAAAAGGGGCUGCCACUCAGUCCCUCCAAUCAGAUUGUUCUAUGGGGAAUCAGGGCACCAUUCAAAUGAAUGACUCUGCAUUACCCAUUGCAAAGGAAUCAGCAUUUCCAUCAAUCAGACAUACAGAUCUGACCAAGAUCCCAUCCCAGGACAACUCUUCUCAUCUUCCAGUGUCAGCCUGCACUUAUACCUUCAGGGAGAGUUCUGGGGUCCAAAAAAGCACUCAUUUCUCACAAGGAGCCAAGAGAAAUAAACUUUCUGUAGCCUUCCUAACCUCAGAAAUGAUUGUAGGUCAAGGAAAGUUCAGCUCCCUAGGGAAAAGUGCCAUGAACCAACGCAUGUCCAAGAAACGUGAAAACACUCUUUUGCAACAAGGCUUAUCUGAAGCAUCUGGCAAAGUUGAAUUACUCCCUAAAGCUCAUGUUCAUCAAGAAGACUCUUUCCCUACAAAAACUAGCAAUGAUUCUUCUGGCCACCUGGAUCUUAUGGAGAAGAUCUUCCUUCAGAAAACACAGGGACCUAAGAAAAUAAAUGGACCCGGAAAAGUGCCCUUCCUGAAAUGGACAACAGAGAGCUCUGAAAAGAUUCCCUCUGAGCUGCUGGGUCCCCUUGCUUGGGAUAACAACAAUGCCACCCAGAUACCAAGAGAAGAGUGGAAAUCCCAAAAGUCACAGAAAAACAUAGCUUUUAAGAGCAAGGACACCAUUUUGCCCUUGGGCCCUUGUGAAAACAGUCCUUCAGUAGCAGCAAUAAAUGAAGGGCAAGGUAAACUCCAAAGAGAAGCCACCAGGUCAAAGCAAGGAGAGACUGGAAGAUUGCGCUCUCAGAACCCACCGGUCUCAAAACGCCAUCAAAGAGAAAUAACCCUUACUACUCUUCAGUCAGAGGAAGACAAAAUUGAGUAUGAUGAUACGUUCUCAAUUGAAAUGAAGAGAGAAGAUUUUGACAUCUAUGGUGAAGAUGAAAAUCAGGGCCUCCGCAGCUUUCAAAAGAGAACACGACACUAUUUCAUUGCUGCAGUGGAGCGUCUCUGGGAUUAUGGGAUGAGUAGAUCUCCCCAUGCACUAAGAAACAGGGCUCCAGGUGGGGAUGUCCCUCAGUUCAAGAAGGUGGUUUUCCAGGAAUUUACUGAUGGAUCCUUCACUCAGCCCUUAUACCGUGGAGAGCUGAAUGAACACUUGGGACUCUUGGGGCCAUAUAUAAGAGCAGAAGUUGAAGACAAUAUCAUGGUAACUUUCAAAAACCAGGCUUCUCGUCCCUACUCCUUCUAUUCUAGCCUGAUUUCUUAUGAGGAAGAUCAGAGGCAAGGAGCAGAACCUAGAAAAAAGUUUGUCAACCCUAAUGAAACCAGAGUUUACUUCUGGAAAGUACAACAUCAGAUGGCACCCACUGAAGAUGAGUUUGACUGCAAGGCUUGGGCUUAUUUUUCUGAUGUUGAUUUGGAAAAAGACGUGCACUCGGGCUUGAUUGGACCCCUUCUGAUCUGCCGCAGUAACACACUGAGCCCCGCUCACGGGAGACAAGUGACAGUGCAGGAGUUUGCUCUGUUUUUCACCAUUUUUGAUGAGACUAAGAGCUGGUACUUCACGGAAAACAUGGAAAGGAGCUGUAGAGCCCCCUGCAGUAUCCAGAAGGAGGAUCCCACUUUUAAAGAAAAGUACCGCUUCCACGCAAUCAACGGCUAUGUGAUGGACACACUACCCGGCUUGGUAGUGGCUCAGGAUCAAAAGAUCCGAUGGUAUCUUCUCAGCAUGGGGAGCAAUGAAAACAUUCAUUCUAUUCAUUUCAGUGGGCAGGUGUUCACUGUACGGAAAAAAGAGGAAUAUAAGAUGGCAGUCUACAAUCUGUAUCCAGGUGUUUUUGAGACAGUGGAAAUGCUACCAUCCAAAGUUGGAAUUUGGCGGAUAGAAUGCCUAAUUGGCGAACACCUGCAAGCUGGGAUGAGCACUCUCUUUCUGGUAUACAGCCCGGAGUGUCAGAUUCCACUGGGAAUGGCUUCUGGACGCAUUAGAGAUUUCCAGAUCACAGCUUCAGGACAGUAUGGACAGUGGGCCCCAAAGCUGGCCAGACUUCACUAUUCUGGAUCAAUCAAUGCCUGGAGCACCAAGGACCCCAUUUCCUGGAUCAAGGUGGAUCUGUUGGCACCAAUGAUCAUUCACAGCAUCAUGACCCAGGGCGCCCGUCAGAAGUUGUCCAGCCUGUACAUCUCUCAGUUUAUCAUCAUGUAUAGUCUUGAUGGAAAGAAGUGGCAGAGUUAUCGAGGGAAUUCCACUGGGACCUUAAUGGUGUUCUUUGGCAAUGUGGAUUCAUCUGGGAUAAAACACAAUAUUUUUAAUCCUCCGAUUAUUGCUCGGUACAUCCGUUUGCACCCAACGCAUUACAGCAUCCGCAGCACUCUCCGCAUGGAGUUGAUGGGCUGUGAUUUAAACAGCUGCAGCAUGCCACUGGGAAUGGAGAGUAAAGCAAUAUCAGACGCACAGGUCACCGCCUCGUCCUACUUAAACAGCAUGUUUGGCACUUGGUCCCCUUCACAAGCCCGGCUGCACCUCCAGGGGAGGACGAAUGCCUGGAGGCCUCAGGCAAAUAAUCCAAAAGAGUGGCUGCAAGUGGACUUCCAGAAGACAAUGAAAGUCACAGGAAUAGCCACCCAGGGGGUGAAAUCACUCCUUACCAGCAUGUAUGUGAAGGAGUUCCUCGUUUCCAGUAGUCAAGAUGGCCAUAACUGGGCUCUGUUUCUUCACAAUGGCAAAGUCAAGGUUUUUCAGGGAAAUCAAGACUCCUUCACACCCGUGGUGAACUCUCUAGACCCCCCACUACUGACUCGCUACCUUAGAAUUCACCCCCAGAGCUGGGCACACCAGAUCGCCCUGAGGCUGGAGGUUCUGGGCUGUGAGGCCCAGCAGGUAUACUGAGGGUACACCUCCAGGCCCUGCCUCCAGGCCCACACCCUCUCCAAAUUGCCUUCUGCCUCCCAGCCUGGCCUCCGGGUCAUUCCCUGCCCUGCCCUGCCCUGCCUGUGGGCCGAGACUUUUCUAUGUGUUUAAACCACACAGCCCUAGGGGACACCGCCCGGAAGCCUCCCAAAUUAAUUGUCGUGCAUCCCGCAUUUCCUGGGACGAUUGCAUUCAAUUUAACUCUCCUCCAUUUGCUGCAACUGCUCCCAGAUUGCUUUUUCCUUCCGAAGCCAGGAGGAAAUGAGGAAACUCACCUGGAAAGCGCUCUCCUCCCGCCAGGUCAGAUCUCUCACAAACCCUCCUCUUCCUCCUUUGUCAAAGAACAGUGUGUUUAAAGUUUGCAGAAGAUAGUCAUGAUGUAAGCAUUUCGGAUUGGGCUUCAUACAUUUGAAAUAAAACUCUCACUUGUUUAUGAUCCCGGUCAAGCAUGGAGCAAAUCCGUGUCACCACAGCCUUGAAGCCAAAAGGCAAGCCAUUCUGACAACCCGCAAAAUGUAGAUUAUGUAAGAACCACUACAUGAAUGUCUGAUAUACUUAUAGAUGGAAUUCUCCUAGUUGGUCAUCUUGGGGCUUUGCUAGUGGCACACUCUUACCUCGAAAACUAGUGUUUUUAAACUGGGACUCACAGGUGGGAUUCAGGAACCCCCAGAUUCCAUGGCAUCAUAGACAACAUUAUGUAUGAAUGCAUACGUGCGGUUUUCUGACAAGAUCGUCCAAAGAUGUGAUCGGAAGUUUAAAGGGGCGAAUGCCUUUCAAGAGUUCAAUUUCAUCUCAGAAGGAUGUACAAAUAAAGCUAUUUGGUCUUAAUUCUAAUCAACAACAAGAAAAAGAUAAUACGUUAGGAUCACAGAGGGAACUUUGAAGUACAAUGACAAUGUUCCCUUGAAAUUUGUGGUGACCAAGAAAGAUAAUAAUCAUAACAGGUUUCUAAAGGGCAUAUUUUAAUAUUCCCACAAAGAAACAAGGAAAAUACGUGCCCAUCUGGGAUAGCAGAUACAACGUUAUAUUCUAAUCAUACACUCAUUGGACUCCCUCCCUCAGCUCAUUUCCUGCGGAAGCACAACAAAAAUGUAACGGAAAAUUCUAUACCAUGACGGAAAACUAGAAUCCCACUUACAUAGUUGAAAUUUCAAGGAGCCGGAUGACACCGAGCUGGGGAAAGCAGGGACAAAACGCUCGAUCACCCCACCGCACCACAGGAAGCCCCACGUUGGCCUAUGCCUCAUAGAUAAGGCCAUGAAGGGCUCCUUACUACUCCUUCCUUCCACCUGCUUACCCCCUUCCCUGCGACCACGCAAACAUUUCCCACACGGCAGAGGGCGCUAGAGGCGAGGAUAAGCCACAGAGCAGUCGGAGGAAGCCUCCAAAGUUUGCAAUCCAGAGCAUUUAAAAACAGGAGUGUUAGAGAAAAAUGUAUUACAAUCUCAGAAAAAGCAAGAAAACUGAUGCUUUUUGUCUAAGCUAGAGCAUUGUCUAAGAGUCCUGCUUGACCCCGACCUGACCUUUUGGGGAAUGUAGCAUAGCUGUCUCAGCAUAAUCACAAACUGCAACAGCCGAAGGCACAAGUGGUUCUAAUUCUGUAAGACUGUAGGGUUAGAGGUCAAUCUGCAGAAAUCAAUAAAUUGUUUUUCUUUAUAGCCUGGUAGAAAAGUUAACCCUAAAGGUGAUAUGGCUUUAUUUGCUGUAAAAGGUUAACCACUCUCAUGUCUAACUUAAUGACCUUGUUUUGACAGUCUUUUCCUAUUGGCCAAAUGCGUCUCUGUUCCUCAACUGCUCCUGGAGCCCUCUGGUCUUCCUGUUUCCUCAAUAACCACUUAAAUAAAACCGUGACACAUACAAACAA